AUGGCACGGUCACUCGGCAUAAGGCGAGAUAGAGAAUACUGGCUAAAUCAAAUACAGAGGGAAAUAUUUUAUAGAGGAGUGAGUGAUUUGGGAGAGAUAAGGGAAGAUAUACAAGGACGAAUUGGGGAUCAAAGAAGCACGGCGACCGAGGAUGAAGAAAGAAACACAGAGGAGGUUGCAGAGGAGGAUCGAUUGUGUAAAGCUAUAUGUGAUAACAAAUGGGAAAUUGCAAAAGCAUUCUUAGAGGAAAAGCCAUAUGCCUUGACCUCAAAAAUUACUGCUUCAGGCAAAACACCAUUUCAUGUGGCUGCCUUGUUUGGGCAUGUCCACAUAAUGGAGGAGUUGCUGAAACUGUUAGAGAAUCCAGAAUUCCUAGAAACUGUUGAUGAUUUUGGCAAUACGCCACUCUUAAUUGCCACCGUCAAUGGAAGCAUUGAAGUUGCCAAAUGUCUAGUGGACAAGAAUUCCUACCUACUUUGCAUUCCAAACUACUCAACAUAUGAACUUCCUGUUACAUCGGCUUUUGUCAGUGGUCAUCAUGAAAUGGGACGUUAUCUUUAUUCUCAAACUCCAUUGGAAUACCUCCAACCCCGCUAUCUUGGUCGUCCUCUUGGUCCUACUCUGCUUCGUCGUUGUUUGCAAACACAAUGUUUCGAUAUCGCUCACCACUUGCUUAGCCAAUGCCAGGAAUUGCUUUUUGCGUAUGAUAAUGAGGGUCGGAUGCCAAUUCACAGCAUCGCAUCCAUGACUUCUACAAUUCCUAGCCCAACUGAACUUGUCUUCUGGAAACGAUGGAUCUAUGACUAUAUAGAUACAAAUUCAACCCCAAGUUUCGAAAGUGCUUCUUUACCCAUCCAACAUGAAGGCGAAGACACAGCGAAAAGAAAACAGGGGAAACUAAUAGGGCCAGUUGCAGCAGGACAUCGUUUGCUUCAAUGGCUCAUCUUCUCUACUUAUAAUUUUAUAGGAAUCAAGAAAAUAAAAGAGAUGAAGUUACUGCAAGCACAAGCAAAUAAACUUGUUGAUCUAGUUUGUAGGAAUGCAAGCAAAGAAGAUGAAGUGCAAACUAUAGCAAAUGCGUUAUUUUUGGCAGCGAAAGAAGGGAACGUUGAGUUUGUGGUUAAAAUUUCAAAGGCAAAUCCUGAAAUCUUGCUCACUGGGGACGACUCAUAUCGAAACAUUUUCUACCAUGCCAUUGAGCAUCGACAAGCUAGGGUUUUCAACCUAAUCAAUGGGCUUCGCUUCAAGGAUGCCUUUGCUUGUGGCAAAGAUAAAGAUGGAAAUACUUUGCUGCAUGCGGCAGCUGCAAAGGCUCCUGACAUCAUUCUUAACCGCAUCUAUGGACCAGCGUUACAAAUGCAAAGAGAAUUGCAAUGGUUCAAGGAGGUCGAGGGGAUAAUGCCUCCAAGCUUUAGGGUACUUCAAAACAAUGGGGGUGAAACUGCUGAAGAAUCAUUUAGAGAACAGGGACUUCAAAGCAAUAAAGAAGAAGCAUUCCUCAAUUUCUUGCCUUCAAAGUUUCUUUUCGGUGUUUCUACACUUCUUAUCUCCAUGGUGGCUAUGAUCAUCACAUUUCUCUCUGCCAUUCGCCUCACGCUGAAGCACUCAAACUAUCAUGGGGCUAUCCUUCCCAUUAUUUUAUUCACAAGUGUUCCCAUCUCUUAUUCUCUGUUGUCCCUAAUUCCUGUUGUUCGUAAUACUGCCUCUUCUGCUUAUGGGACUGUCUUUGAUAGGAAAGUGAGACUAUGGUAUUUGUAA